AUGGAUAAUCCAAAUUUUACUAAUUCUUCUGUUAAUAUGUCCUAUUUUUUAAACAAUAAUAAUAAUAUAAAUUUAGAUAAAAAUAUGAAUAAUACAAAUAUGCUAACUAGUAAUAAUUGCACUUUUAUGAAUAAUGUAGAUGGACAAAACAAUGAAAGUUUUAAUCAUUUAAAUAAAAAUGAGGAAUCUAUUGAUAUAUUAGUUAAUCAGAUGGAAAAUUCAUUUUCAAUAAGCACAAAUAUUCUAAAAAAUGUUAGUAAUUUACUUGAAAGUACAAAAAUUGAUGAUAAGAUAAAGGGAAUUAGAUUGGUAUAUGCAUCUUUACAUUUUAAAUACAAAAAUAAUAUUGACUAUAAAAAAAAUUUAUUAAAUAGAGGCUGCGUAAUGCUAAGCACACAGGAGAAGAAUGAAAAUGAACAAUUCGAAACAGAAGGCAAUAAUAAUGAACAAAACAAUUAUAAUAAUUUUUUUCCUAAUAAUUAUAAUGAUAAUGUAACAAUAUUUUCAAAUAAAAAUGAAGAUAGAAAUGGACUAAAUUAUAAUAUGAUAAAUAAUUAUUCAGUAAAUAAUCAAAUAAAUUUAAAAGUUCUAAAUUCUAUGAUAUUUGCGAAUUAUAAAAGCAUAUCAAAUGUUGAUGAAUAUUUUGAUUUAUUAGAUAAGUGUCUUACCAGGGAAAGUAUUAUUGAUAUAAAUCUAAGUGACAUAUUUGAAAUGAAUAUUAUCAAUUUAAUAAAAUCUUUACUAUAUAAUUACAUUUUUCAUAAUGAUGAAAUUAUAGUUGAAGCUUUAACUUUAUUAAUAAUUAUUUUUGGAUGUUGUGGUACUAGUGAAAAAAUUAAACAGGAAGUUGUGGAUGAAUUAUAUACAUGUACUGUAUACAUGUUAAAAAAUAUUUGUCAGAAAUCGUGUGAUAAGGUCUACACACCCUUAAUUAUACAGUUGAUAAUAGCAUUAUUAAGAACAGUAAUGAUAUAUGAUAUAACAAAAUUAAAGAACGAUCUGAUAGAUAAUAAAGGAGUAGUUGAAAUAUUGUUAACAUCAAUAGAAAAUGUUCCUAAUUUAAAUGGAGUUCGAGUGUGCUAUACGUUAGUUGUAUAUGGAUUGAAAAUGUUUUAUGUAUCAACUUGUCAAAUAUAUGAAAAGUCAUUUUUAAGGGAACUUGAAAUAAUUACUAAUUAUUUAUCAACAUGCAUAAAAAUGAACGAUGAGAAAGUUUUAUUUUUAACGAGUUCAACAUGUAUAACUAUAUGUGAAAAUCAAAUCGGAAUAGAUGUCUUACUGAAAACAGAUAUACUGCAUAAUGCUGUAAUAUUAUGUGAGUCUUCUAACCCUGACUUAGCGUUUGAAGCAUUAUCAAUUAUAUCGAAAAUAGCAUAUGCUGCCAAUCAUCAACAAAUUUGUAUACUUAUAUCUUGUAAUGUUAUAAAGGCCUUGAAAAAAAUUUUAAAUAAUUCAAAAAUAAAACCAGGAGCAAGAGCAAGAGCUUGCAAUGCUUUAGGAAAUAUUGGUUGCGAAACAGCAUCUGAAGUAGAAUUGUUAAUAAAAAAUGAUGUGUUUCCAUUAUUAGUCGACAUUUUUCAAACAGAUAAUGAUUUUAAUACAAAAAUUGAAGCUGCAUAUGCUGUAUGUGCAUGCUUAUCAAAAGCCAAUCAAAAACAAGUUGGCUACAUUAUUUCAUGUACGGCUACUACAAAUCGAUUGGGUCAGAAUAUUUGUAUGCAAUUAAUAGCAGAUAUGUUAGAAUUAGUUAGUGAAUCAGAUCCAAUGAAUAAUGGGAGUGUUAAACUAUGCAAAAGUAUUUUAAGAGGUUUAGAAAAUAUUCUAGAUAAAGGAGAUGAUGAAACAAGAGAUUUAUCGCUAUGGGAAAACCCAUACGUCUUUAUGUUUAAAGAAGUACAAGGGGAUAUUAAACUUUUGCAAAUGCAAUUUUUUCCUGAAUAUUAUGUAGUUAAUAAAACAUAUGAUAUACUAGCUAAAUAUUUUUCCUUAACUUCUACAUGGAAUAAUAGAAAAUAA